GACGGACUUCUUGUGGUUGAACACCGCUUUGGGCGUGGGCACCUGGGACGCGUCGAAUCGUCAGCUACCGGAUCAGUUUUCGUACAACCUGCAGUUCGUGGGACCUAACGAUGCCGACGUGUUUGCAACUGUCACUCGCAACGGGAAUUCCAAUCAGAACGGACGGGCUGAGUUCAUCGGUGUGAUGCGGCAUUCAGCGUAA